AAAUUAUUUAUGUAUGUAGGAGUAUCAUCAUAAAAUUUUUGAAUACGUAACGUAAGGACGAAUGAUCCAGUGGUCUGGUGUCUCAGUCUGACACUAUAACUCAACCGUAAAUGAAUUGUGCGUUGAAAUGCAAAAUGCAAAGUGAGGCACUCCCACUCUAAAAUUCCAAUUCUAAUAUCCUCUAACAUUACAAAUUUCAUCUUCAAAUGGCGCCAAGACGACGUCCCUUGAAGAAGGGAGAGCGACGAAUGGACGCAGCUCUCGACGCCAUGGCACCUUUCGGUUUCCCUAAUAAACUCGUCCGUCAAACCGUUGACCAACUACUCACAGUUUAUGGCGGCAACGAUGGUUGGGUCUUCAUCGAAGAUUCCGCUUACACUCUUCUCAUCAAUACCCUGCUUGAACAACAACAAGAUCAGGAUUGUUUGAUAGAGGAUAAUCCAGGAAAUGGUCCCAAUGAAGCAUCACCUGCUGGCUGCUCAAACAGAGCCCUUGUACCAUGCUCUAACACCGAAGCUUCAAAUGAUGCACCGUUAACUAAUCAGGCUGUUGACGCUAUAUCUGCAACCAGUGAAACUGGUAAUCAGCUUACCAUUGUGGCUGUGGACACCGCAACAGCUACAAGUAAAACUGUUGACGAACCCCCCAUAAAGCCCAUCAGCGUCAACACUUCAGAAGCCACCAUCCAAUCUAGUAAUCAUCCUUCCGCUAAGGCUGUAGACACUGUAUCAGCAACCAAUGAAAUUGACAACCAAGCUCUUGUCAAGGCUAUUAAAGACAUUGUAUCAACAGACAUUGAAUGUGUACUUCCUCAGAGAAAGUCCUCACAACCUAUGGGGAGGCUUUAUCACAAGAGGCGCAGACCUUGCCAUGGUUGGAUUUCUAGUGAUGGUGAUGAUGAAGAAGAGCUAAUAGAACUACCUAAUAAGAUAGUGAAUAAUGGGGUCAAUUAGGUUAAACAGAGCAGGAUAUUAAAUGUAAGUAGUUUAAGAGACGCAUCAAACUAGCACCAAAGUUUGGAAAAUGUGUUAAUGUGGAAAUGCUUUUAAUUAGUGUUAACAGAGCAAGAUAUUGAUGUUUAGGAGUAUGGUUUAACAACAAUACUUGUAUUGGGAAGUUAAUUACACUAUAUAAACUUUUGGGUUUUCUUUAUUACAGUUUUUUUUUUGUUAAGUUUUUGGUGGAUAAAUUGUUAUGAGUUAUUUGA